AUGGUGAAGAAAAAUAAAUACAAAUCGUUGGCAAACCAAAAGAAAGUGCCCGUCACUGAUGCCAAAAAGGAGCCCGAAACUCCUCGUAAGAAGGCUCCAAAGGUGGAUAAAGAGAAAUGCGCUAAGCCGGAACCGAAACCCUUGGAACCGUUGAGUCUGGAGAAGACCAAGAAGCACCUGGAUCAAAUGUCUGCCCUGGCCACCAUGCCACUGCGUUUGGAUCACCAGAUUCAGUGCAUCAAGGUUCUGCAGCAGCAGCUCUUCAAGCUUCACCUCCAGCAGGUCAUCCUCCUCGAUGGCUGUACCGAUUUCCUCCAGGAACUGAACACCAUUCAGCCGACUAAUGUCCUUGAGGAGCAGCGUAUCCUGGACACUUUCAACGAGGUUAAGAGCAAGUUAUCCGAGGUUUUCGAGCACUUUUUGCCCGCUCAGUUGGAUAUGCUGAAGCACGAAACGAAGAUCUUGCAGGUCUCUGAGCAGUUGAUGUCCAAAUAAUUUGAUAGUCUUCUAGAUUUUAUAGCGAAAAUCUAAUAAAAAUCAAAGGAAGAGA